AUGGAUAAAAUUUAUAGAAUUCUUAUUAGUAUCAUAAAUCUAUAAAUAAAUUAAAAAGAAUUGAUUCAAAAUAUUAAUCAAUAUUAGAGGAGCCUCAUUUCUAAAAAGUAUUUUGAUUAAAUUAUUGAAAUUCUUUAAUUUUAAGAAAGGAGUAUUUACUCAAUUUGAUAAGAUGGCCAGAUGAUAAUUAAGUUUUGAUUGAGAUUGAUAAAUUCAAUUUAUUUUAAUAUAUUAAGUUUCUUUUUAAAAGCAAAUUUGAUUAUUAAGAGGAAAAAGAUUAAUUCCCUUACAGAGCAUUUCAGGCAAUCUUACUGUUUAUUGUUAUUGAAAUUUUAUUAAACUUAUAUUAUUAUACUUGCAAAGAUUAUUACUAAGAAUAUUAAAGGGAAGACAUAAAACCUCAUUAUAAUUAUAAAACUUUAGAAAAUAAAUUAAGAUAUUCAAUAUUAUUAUUUAAAAGAUUAGCAAAUUGA